CCUUCCUCUUCCUUCCCUGUCAAGCAAACGAUCCUCAAGCGUCGAGAUCGAGCAGAGGCAGAACAAUCCCCCUGUUCAUACCAGUGGCUUCGUCGUCAGAGCUCCGUUCAGCAGCACCAGGGCAACAGGCAUGAGGCGCGCCAGCACCACCUUCGUCAGCAACAACGGUUUCCGUAAUGCACCUUUUUCAUCUUCGUCUUCAUCGUCCCUCACAAGCACACACUGGAUCAAUGUGGAUGGCAGAACCAUCCUGACCACCGUCACGAGCGACCCACGAGUCAUAGACGACUGGUUCGGAGGGGUCAUGUCGAAGACCUACCGGCGUGGCCUGGUCGUCGGUCUCGACUGCGAGUGGAAGCCCAACUUCAUCCGAGGCCAGAGCGAAAACAAGGUCAGCAUCCUCCAACUCUGCGUCGGCGCCAAGUGCCUCAUUGUGCAACUCCUCUACCUCAACUGCUCUCAGUCGCUGACGAGGUUCCUCAUGCACCCCGCCAUUGUCUUCGUCGGCGUGGGGAUCCAAGGCGACGUCGAUAAGCUACGCCGAGACUAUGGAAUCGAAGUUGGUCCACAGAGGUUCGAUUUGGGGGAACUUGCGUCGUCCACGAUGACUAGGUUCGACCUUCGUAAUAUGGGAUUGAAGAUCUUGGCCAGGGAGGUUCUUGGGCUCGAGAUAUCGAAGCCUAGGAGUAUCACCUUGAGCAACUGGUCAGUGGCUGGCCUCACAGAGCGACAGAUAGAGUAUGCCUGCGUUGAUGCGUACGUCUCGUUUGCCAUCGGGAUGAGGCUGCUAACGCGCCACGUCUAAUGGUGAUCAUGUGAGACGAGUUCUACAAUGGUCGCAUGGGUUUUUGGGGUUCUCUGGGGAGCAAGGGAUAUUACAUAUUAGGAUGUUUUGGUUUCUGAACUUUGUUUUGGUUUGGUGGUAACUCUAUUACUGCAGUUUUUGUUAGUGGAGUCGAGUGGUGGAUUUUUGGGAAGCUUGACGUUGAGAAUGUUUGCAAAAGAGUUAAGUUCCCUUUGUAGAAAGGCAGCAUUCUGUGAAUGUAGGAUCAAGUAGACUAUCUAAUCUAAUG